CUUUAGUUUCGUAAAAGUUAGCGAGAGAGAAACAUGUUCCGUGUUAAUUAAAAUUUAGUCGUUUAUUCACUUUAAAUGUUAUGAAAACAAUGUAAAGUGUAAAUAAAUACGUGAUAUUUACUGUGUUAGUGUUUUAUGUGCAAAAUGAAAGUUAUUGAAGCGAAAAUUGUAGUUUUAGGAUCACAAGGUGUGGGUAAGACCAGCCUAGUGGUCCGAUACAUAGGCAAGAUGUUCUCCAAGCACAUAUCGCCCACCAUCGGAGCCUCAUUCUUCACGUGCAACAUUAACCUGGAGAAUGCCAGGGUUAAAUUACAGGUAUGGGACACAGCGGGCCAAGAAAGGUUCAGAUCCAUGGCGCCCAUGUACUAUAGGAAUGCUAACGCAGCACUGCUAGUUUUUGAUAUAACGAGUGUUAAUAGUUUUGCAGCUAUCAAAGGAUGGGUUAAAGAGUUACAGAGUAAUGUUCCUGAAGCUAUGGUCUUAUCAGUGGUUGGGAAUAAGAGUGACCUUGAAGAUCUAAGAGCUGUGCAGUCCAGUGAGGCAGCGCAGUUUGCGGCCUCUAUAGGCGCGCAGUACUGUGAGACGUCAGCUUUACAUGAUCAGCAAGGGAUCGACCAGGUGUUCCUGAACACGGCGGCGUCCCUGCUGAAGCUGUCUAACUCCAACCUGGUAUCUUCACUGAGAUCCUACGACUCCGCUGAUGUAGACCCUGAUAAAAUACCUACAGGCACCCCAACAGAAGAAGACGCGACUCACACAGGCAAGGUGGAGCUCCCAGCGUGGAGUAUAGACAGCAUCGCACACGGAGACGUUCAGAAAAACAUGUGCUGCUGACCGUGUCGUACAGACGGGGUAGGCAGAGGUCAUACAUACGUCCAUAAAGGCGGAUUCAAUCUAGAUACUGGGCUAGGCAAGUACUUCAUACGCGUCCCUGAUUUUCUUGGCGCCGCAGUGGGCAGUUGUUCACGUCCCUCUGUAUCCAGCAGCUGUAGCCAAAUGCCACUUAGCGCUUGUCUACAUGUAUAAUAGAAAACCAAAUGGGGAUGA